CAGGACCGAUUGUGCCGGAACCGCGGUGGCAGAGUUGCGGUCUCUGAGCUCGCCAUGGCGGUGCCCCCGGCUGCCAUGGGGCCUUCGACGCUGGGCCCAAGCGGGCCGGGUUCGAUGGCCCCCUGGUGCUCAAUGAGUAGCGGCCCUUCGCGUUACGUGCUCGGGAUGCAGGAGCUGUUCCGGGGCCACAGCAAGACGCGCGAGUUCCCCGCGCACAGCGCCAAGGUGCACUCGGUGGCCUGGAGCUGCGACGGGCGUCGCUUGGCCUCGGGGUCCUUCGACAAGACGGCCAGCGUCUUCCUCUUGGAGAAGGACCGGUUGGUUAAAGAAAACAAUUACCGGGGACAUGGGGAUAGUGUGGACCAGCUGUGUUGGCAUCCAAGUAAUCCCGACCUCUUUGUCACGGCAUCUGGGGACAAGACCAUUCGCAUCUGGGAUGUGAGGACUACGAAAUGCAUUGCCACCGUGAACACCAAAGGGGAGAACAUCAACAUCUGCUGGAGUCCUGAUGGGCAGACCAUUGCUGUGGGCAACAAGGAUGACGUGGUGACCUUUAUUGAUGCCAAGACGCACCGUUCCAAAGCGGAGGAGCAGUUCAAGUUUGAGGUCAACGAAAUCUCCUGGAACAACGAUAAUAACAUGUUCUUCCUGACCAACGGCAAUGGUUGCAUCAACAUCCUCAGCUACCCAGAACUGAAGCCUGUGCAGUCCAUCAAUGCCCAUCCCUCCAACUGCAUCUGCAUCAAGUUUGACCCCAUGGGGAAGUACUUCGCUACAGGGAGUGCAGACGCCUUGGUCAGCCUGUGGGAUGUGGACGAGUUAGUGUGUGUCCGGUGCUUUUCCAGGCUGGAUUGGCCCGUGAGGACUCUCAGUUUCAGUCAUGAUGGGAAAAUGCUGGCAUCUGCAUCGGAAGAUCAUUUUAUCGACAUCGCUGAAGUAGAGACAGGGGACAAGCUGUGGGAGGUGCAGUGUGAGUCCCCGACCUUCACUGUGGCCUGGCACCCCAAAAGGCCCCUGCUGGCCUUUGCCUGUGAUGACAAAGAUGGCAAAUACGACAGCAGCCGGGAAGCUGGGACUGUGAAGCUGUUUGGGCUCCCGAAUGAUUCCUGAGCGGAGGCCCCGGCAGAGGCUGGCCGGCCUGUGUGGGGCUUGGUCUGCUGCGUGGAGCUGGUGGGCGCCCUAAAUGUUUGUAAAUUGGUGUGAGUUGUGAAACGUCUUGUCAGGCGCCUGCUCCAGAGCCCUUUCUGUUGUGUGUGUGUUUGCUGUUUCCAUCCUUUGCCCCCGCCACCAUCGCUCAGCUAAUGAGGACUCUGCGGGCUGGGGAUGACCCCGCACAGCGCGGCCUCUGAGGACCUUCCGUCUUCCCUGCUUUGGGUAGAUUUUGUGGAGCUUACUGUUGCUGGGACAGUGCCUGCUGUGGACAGAGGGGUUGGGAACAGUGGGAUGGGAUGGAGGGUUUUUAAUAAUUACAAAAUAUGUAUAAUUUUGAGAACUGAACAUUUAAUAAAAGUUUUUAAA